CUACGUUGGUCAAGUUAGUAGGACAACAUAGCACAGCGAGUGCAACACACACGGCUUUCCGAUUAUUUUAUCUCAGUUUCUUGUACGUACUUUACGUAUAGAGUAUUCAGCGAUUCAGGAUCAAAUCGUUCCGGAGUGAAGCCUUUACCUGGCAAAAAAUACUACGGAUAUCAUUCACGAGGAAGAAACGCUAGCCAGAUAGUCGACUUUGGAGUGAUUAAUUUGGGUUUAAUUAAAUGACUGAUAAUGGUUUGAAAGUGAUUCAUGUUUUGAGUGUUUCCUGCUGUUGUUAGCCCUGAUUCAUAGGGCCAUGGUUGACCGACUUGUAAACAGCGAAGCCAAUGCUAGGCGCAUCGCAAUGGUGGAAAACUGCUUCGGCAGUUCAGGCCAGCCACUUGCGGUGCCUGGAAGAGUACUGGUUGGAGAAGGCGUGUUAACCAAGAUGUGUCGGAAAAAGCCUAAGCCGAGGCAAUUUUUCUUGUUCAAUGAUAUAUUGGUGUAUGGGAAUAUCGUGAUAAAUAAGAAGAAAUACAACAAACAACAUAUUAUUCCACUAGAAGAAGUAAAACUGGAAUCGUUGGCUGAUGAAGGACAAUAUCGUAAUGGUUGGCUUAUAAAAACCGUAAUGAAGUCAUUCGCUGUUCACGCUGCAACUGCCACAGAAAAACAAGAAUGGAUGGCUCACAUCACAAAAUGUAUUGAAGAUCUUCUAAGGAAAAGUGGUAAAAAGCCUGUAGAGGUUCAUGCUGCUGUUUGGGUCCCUGAUAAUGAAGCAAAUAUCUGCAUGCACUGCAAUAAAACACAAUUUACAGUUCUAAACAGACGGCAUCACUGCAGGCAAUGUGGAGUCGUGGUUUGUGGACCUUGCAGUAAUAAAAAGCUAUUGUUACCGGGCCAAGGUGGUGGAAAAGCAGUAAGAGUUUGCCUGCAGUGUUAUGAUGCCGCAAGUAAAGUUAAAAUGGCAUCAGCCACCACAGACAGCUUGAAUAAUAAAGACCAUACUCGCAAUUCUGCCGAUAGUUCAGGCGACGAUAGUUCGGGUGAUGAGGAAGACAGUAACAAAGAAGCCAACCACGACGAGCCUAAAUUCUAUGGUACGGUGAACUCUGCAGAUGAAAAAUAGAUUCAGAGAUGGUCAGCUACAUCGCAAGAUAUAAAUAUUGUUCAGUUGAAUAUUUUUUUAAAUAAUACCUAAUUGGAUUUUUGUAUAGCUCGAUGGUUGAAGGUGAAAAUUUAUUUAUACAUUUCGGUAAUUCUUGGUGAUACGACUCCAAUUAUAAUAACGAGAAUAGAGUUCGGCUGUCUCUGAGCAAUGAAAACCUAAUUUCUUUCCUGCAAAACACGUAAAUUUGUAUCUCUUUCAUAAUAAUUCACGAACUUUGAUCGGGAUAUGGUAGAGUUCCGAGAAGAGUAAAGCGAAACAUAAAUCGGAUAUUUUUUUAUGUUGUGCAACAUAUACACUGAUAAUAUCAUUGGCAGUUAUUAUUGCUUGUUUGUAGUUAAUCAUAAAUAAUAUAAUAACUCUUAUUAGUCUGAAAUCUCGUCGUCUAAUUUUUUUUUUUUUUUUUAAAUCUUUUUAAGCCACAUCUCAUGAUUGAAAAGGACUUGAAUUUAUCUUAUCGUUAUAAAGAACCAAUUUGAAUUAGAUUGCUGACUUAGUGCUUCGCAAAUUUUAUCAAACGGACAAUUUGCAAUGAAUAUAAAUUCUCCCAAAGAGUCCUUUUGCGUUUCGAUAAUUUUUAUCAUUUAUAAAUCCGUAUGAGCUAAAAGGUUUGUUGAUAGUUCUUAAAAAUUUUUCGAACAGCUACUUCGAUUUAGGUUACGAAACUACCCAUGAUUAUUUAUUCUACUACAGUUACAGUGUGAGUUCGCUACUGCAGGAUAGCGUUAUUACACCUGUUUUUCGAUCUGCACUAUUGGAAUGGAAAAUUUAAAGCUAUGAAAAUGAAUAAUGUCACAAUUGAUUGGCCGUUGAUAUAGACUGGACUUGUUAGUUACAUCAGAGUAUAUAUUUUCUAUACAUAUAUUUAGACGAAAUUUCCUCGAGGCUCUCAAAUUGUGACAUAGCGAGCAAUACGACAACAGAUAAUAAAACUAAUUGAAAAUAGGUGAUGAUAAAUUAUACCUUUUAUAUGAAUAUAUGAUAGCAACUUGUAUUGUCAAUUUUUCUUCUACACGUAUCGUAUAUAAAUAAUAAUGCAGAUGAGAUGAUGUUUUGAUUGUCAAUUUUGAUGUGUACAUUCAUUGGUACAAUGAGAUUGAACAGUUAAAUGUUCAAUAUUUUUAUAUUUUAAUCACUAAAUACUUUGUCAAUUUAUCAUCUACAUACGAUAAUUGUUAUAUGCCGAUUUUCAGAAAAGAGAUGAAAAAUAUACUUUUAUAAUGUAAAUGAAAUUUAUAUUAAGAUACCUAAUGUAAUAUGUAAACAUUAAUGGCCAUAAGAGAAUUAAGAAAUUACAGAGUUCAUGCUGCCGAACAUUUUCCGACAUUUUGAAAUGAAAGUUCGCAUCCGCAUUUUAAUUAAAUUCAUAAUUACCAAAUACUCAAACUGGUUAGAUCUACCAACGUAGGUCAUAUACUUGUCUCAUUCAUUGGUAGCACGGGCUCUGCAUACUUAUGGAUACAUACCCAUUUAUGUAUAUCUACUUGUGAUCACAAUGGCCUUUGGAUAUUUCUGACCAGCACAUAUUUGUUCCAAAGUGUUUGUUAAUUACACUAUAAAUUAUGAUGUAAUAUGAGAUCAGAUGUUAGGUGCUCAAGUAAGGAACAAUUAUUUUCUGGUAAUUGCAGUUGCUACCUAAUUGUAUGCUCGUAAACCACAUACAUAAACACAUGCAUAACUACAUGAAUAAUGCUGCCUAUGAAUGCCUUCGAUCGCUGUUGAUGUAUUUAAACUUUUUUAGGACCUCAAAUAGCGUGCGAAUUACGGAUAAAAAGUAAAAACAAUAUAGCUAUCUGUUUCUAUACAUUGUUGAAUAAUCGUAAUACAUGUUUUACCGCAUGCUGACUUUCGAACUAUGCCGCUAUUUGGCUAAUUUUGAAUCAGCUGCGUUUACGUUGUACAAGAAUAUUGAUGAAUACUUUGAUACAGUAUAUCUACAGGAACUGUUUGUUUGCUCAUCCAGGUGACAAAAUAAGUAGUAUCUACUCAUUCGCCUAUUAUAUCCACGUAUUUAUAAAAAAAUUCAAUAUUCGAUGCUAAAUCGAAAUUGUUUAUGAAAUCUUGUGGAACGGUUCGAGUAAAAACUAAUACGUCCGUACAAAAAUUACCGUUGUAAGCAAGAUGGUGGUGUAUCAUAUCGACUUGAUCUGAUGACUCGUUUUUGCUAGUUGUCUUAGGUGAUGACUGAUGGAAAAUUUGGACAAAAAAUUACUGAAAAUGCUGUAUCUCUUAUGGAAUAAAUUUCAGAAUAUUUAAAUACUGAA